ACGACGUAUGCUUCAGACCAUAUACACAUAUUAAAUAGAUAUUUUUUUUAUAUUCGUUCCUUUGUUGAAAACACAUACGAUUCUGCGAUUAUUUUGGUGUGUGCUUUACAUACUUUCUAGUCGCCAAUCGAAUCUGUGUGCAAAAAAAAAAAUAAUAUUUUGAAGGAAACCAUGAAAAAUAAAGUGAUUUUAAUGGAUUUGGUUGGCAGAAGGAAACAGUAAACAAUCUCAGCAAAAAUGCAUCUAUUUUGGUGAUUUGUCAUUUCGUGUUGGUAGUGUGUGAUUUUGAUGUGUACAAUUUUAUUAUUGUGUAAAUGUGAGAAGAAGAAAAAAAAAUAAAUAAAAAUAAUCCAUUGAAUGUGAAUAAAAAAUCGAUUGAAAGUUAAUUUGGAAGUCGAAAUUGAGAGCGAGUGAGUGAGAGAGAGAGAGAGUUUGUGGGGAGAAUUUUUUGUGGAAAAAGUGGCAAUAUUACUAUUGCCAAACUAUCCCAAAAAUCAUCACACAAUAUUUUCUUUGCUUUGAUUUGGAGGGAGGCUAACAUCUUGUGCUAAUUGUGGUGGUGAUUAUUGUGACUGCACCGUCAACAAACUUGAUUCGUCAUCAAAUAUGGAUAAAGAUGGAAAUAUUGGUAUUGAGCCUGGCACCGAAACCGUUUAUGGAACCCAUGAUGACAACACAAUGGUUAUGUCCGAAAAGGUUCAAUCGCUGGCUGGCAGCAUUUACCAAGAAUUUGAGCGUAUGAUUCAGCGAUACGAUGAAGAAGUGGUGAAAAAUUUGAUGCCAUUGCUGGUCAACGUUCUCGAGUGCUUAGACUCAGCCUACCAAACGAAUCAAGAACAAGAGGUUGAAGUUGAAUUACUCCGUGAGGAUAACGAACAAUUAGUAACACAAUAUGAACGCGAGAAGAGUGCCCGAAAACAAGCCGAGCAAAAAUUACUGGAUACAGAAGAUUUGGCUGAAGCGGAGAAUAAAGAGUUGGCCAGUCGACUAGAAUCGCUUGAAAGCAUCGUGAGAAUGUUAGAGCUGAAGCAUAAGAACAGCUUGGAACAUGCGAGCCGACUUGAAGAGCGUGAAGGUGACUUGAAAAAGGAAUAUGCAAAACUUCAUGAUCGUUAUACGGAGCUCUUCAAAACACAUGUUGAUUAUAUGGAACGAACAAAGCUCUUGAUGGGAUCGACACAUUCUCAAUUGAAUUCAACUAAUUCGGAACGAUUGGAAUUAAAUCGAAAUCGAUUACAUCCCAUGUAUCGAUCGUCUGGUCCGGUUUCAUAUGGAUUUGCAUCGCUUGAAACAUCACAGAUGCUUGACACUGAAACCAUAUGCAGUCCGAACGGAAGUGAUGCCAGUUCAGUUGGCUCAGGACCGCCAUCACUGCAAAAUGAGUUCGAUAAUAUUCAAACUGUAGAACGUUCAGCCGAAACCGACACACUGAAACAAAUAAAUCAAGCAACAUCACCGCAAAGCGAUCAACCGAGUCCAGUUCAUGUGCAACCACCACAACCGCCCACAUCAGCUGGCCGAUCGACCACCAAAAAUGAGAAGCGCUCAGCAAACACAUUGUACCAAGAACUAUCGUUCCAGGAUAAUGAAGAGAGCGAAGAAAAUGAAGUGACAGGCAGUUGGGUUCAUCCCGGUGAAUAUGCAUCUUCAGUUAACGAUAACUUCUUUGGUAUGGGCAAAGAAGUGGAAAAUCUUAUAAAUGAGAACAAUGAACUAUUGGCAACAAAAAAUGCUUUGAAUAUUGUCAAAGACGAUUUGAUUGUAAAAGUCGAUGAACUAACGGGUGAAAUUGAAAUUCUACGUGAAGACCUCAAUACGGCCAAUCAGUCGCGUCAAAAAUUGCGACAGAAAGUGUCCGAACUGGAAGAAGAAUUAAAACAAAGCAAAACAUUAGUUAAAGCAAGCAGCAAUUCUGAUCAAGAAGACGAAGGUGAUGUUCCAAUGGCACAGCGUAAACGCUUUACACGUGUCGAAAUGGCACGUGUUCUUAUGGAAAGAAAUCAAUACAAAGAGCGUUUCAUGGAACUUCAAGAUGCUGUACGAUGGACAGAGAUGAUUCGAGCAUCUCGUACGGUUGACAUGAAUCCAAAGGCAAAGGAAAGCAUUUGGAGAAAGUUUUUUAACAAACUCCUACUAACAUCGACCAGCCCACAAAGAGAGCCUCCCGGACCAUUAUUACAGUAUAAUGCAUCAAGCCACCAUGUUGCACCUACUGCGUUCGAGGGGCGAUUAGCUAUUACAUCGGGUAAUCAAUCAUCGGGUGGCAAUGCAUCAAAUGCAUUAACAUUUUCCAAAGAAUAUGCUGAAGAGGGUGCCUCAGAUCGUUUGAAUCAAAAGCGUCGCGAACAAUAUCGUCAGGUGCGUGCACAUGUGCAAAAAGAAGAUGGCCGAUUGCAUGCAUAUGGUUGGUCAUUGCCCGGCACCAAAACGAAUACAACGGGAACGCCACGAACUGAUCGAAAAAUGCCAAAAGUUCCAGUACCUGUUUAUUGUCGACCAUUGGCAGAAGCUAGUCCACACAUGAAAGUUUUUUGUGCAGCUGGUGUUAAUCUGAAUGGCGGCUAUACAAAGGAUGGUGGUUGUAUUGUUGGUGCUAGUGUGUUUUAUUCAACGAAUACAACAGCUCAAAUCACCGAAGUAACAACACCAACGGGUGAAAAUGCUGAACUUGAUUCGCUUGAUAAACAAAUAACAAUGGCAAUGGAAAAUUCCGAUCCCGAUUCACAAUUGAGCUCGUAUGUUUGGAUUUGUACGAGCACACAUUCGGCCAGUACAGUGACUGUGAUUGAUGCAAAAAAUCCUGCCGUUGUACUUGAUUCAUUUCCAGUGUGUCAAACACAUUUGCUAUGCAUUUGUUCCGUUCAGGGUGCUCUUGAAAAAGACUAUACGCUAUUGGAAAAUAGUGAAGCCAUUAAAUCAGGUGAAAUGCUUGAAAAGCCCGGUGAAGAUGCAGACGAUACGGGCCGUGUUGAAUUUGUUCGGGUUGCCAAGGAAGAUUCAACCGAAACAACAGCGACAACAACCGAUGCGGCCAAAAAUGAUCAAAAUGAAAAUGUAUGUGAAGCACAACCGUCGGCCACGUGUACGGCUGAUGAAUUAACCGCAUCGGUUGUCGCUGAAAAUGAUAAGAAUGAAGUUGAAAUUGCGCUUGAUUCACAAAAUUUGAAUAAAGGUGCAAUAACAGCUGUUGUGGAAGAGAUAAAUGCACCACCAGUGUCGCCGCUUCAUUUAAACAACAACGCAAAUAACAACCAAAACAUUUACUCAUUAGCAUUUCCAAAGCCAGUCAAUCCAAUACUUGGCUCUCCGAAUCCACUCGAAGAGCCGGCCAUGUCAUCGGUUGGGCCAACCAUGUGGUUAGGUGCUCAAAAUGGAAGGUUAUAUGUACAUAGUUCCGUUGCACGUUGGAGAGAUUGUCUUCAUCAAGUUCGUCUACCUGAUGCCGUUUUGUCGAUAGUACAUGUAGAAUCUCGUGUUGUGGCUGCCUUAGCAAAUGGAAAAUUGGCUGUGUUUCGUCGUCAGACUGAUGGUCAAUGGGAUUUAAAUAGCUAUCAUCUUGUUGUUCUAGGUCUACCAAAACAAUCGGUUCGUUGCUUGUGCAUUGUGGCUGACAAAAUUUGGGCGGCCCAUCGAAAUAAAAUUUACAUUGUCGAUCCGAUUUCAUUGAAUAUUGUGCACAUUCUGGAGGCACAUCCACGCAAAGAAAGUCAAAUUCGACAAAUGGCCGCCACUGGAUUGGGAGUAUGGGUUUCAAUACGAUUGGAUUCAACACUUCGAUUGUAUCAUGCCCACACAUAUGAACACUUACAGGAUGUUGACAUUGAGCCAUACGUUUCGAAAAUGCUCGGAACGGGAAAAUUAGGUUUUUCAUUUGCGCGUAUAACCGCAUUGCUGGUUUCAUGUAAUCGAUUGUGGAUCGGCACCGGAAAUGGUGUCGUCAUAUCCGUUCCUCUUACAGAAGCUCUACAGUAUAAUAACAAAAUUGCAACCAACAAUUUUAUACCACGGUGCUGUAUGGCCAAUGCUCAAUUGUCGUUCCACGGUCAUCGUGAUGCUGUUAAAUUUUUCGUUUCGGUGCCAAUGCAAUUGCAGUCAGAGGUUCAAAUCGGUCAUAAGCCACAUAUGCUUGUAAUGUCCGGUGGAGAAGGUUACAUCGAUUUUCGAUUAGGUGAUGGAGACAUGGAGAAUAGCAUUGUAUUGGAACCGAAUCAAACAAUUGAAAAUCGAGGAGAUAAAAGUUACUUGAUAGUGUGGCAAGUUAACCAAUCUUAAAUCAAACAUUAUUGCACUGUGGUGGUAAUAGCUGAAGAAAAAAACCAAAAACAAAAAAAAAAUGCUGAGGAAAAAAAGAAUAUGAAUUUUCAAAAGGAAGCAAACAACGUAGAAAAAUUUAAUACGUAUGGACCUGGUCAUUAUCGAUCAUUGCAUCGAUAUUUCUCCGUGAUUAUCGUGUGGAUAAUUUAUUCAUUUCACCUGCAACCAUUUCGAUGCAUAUGCUUGCAUUUAGCAUAUGCGAAUAACACUUGAAUCUUGAUCAAUGGAAUCGGCUAUAAUUUAAUAGGCAUUAAAACUCAAAACGAUUGAUAUUUAUUGUAUAUGUAGCUGAUUUAUUGACAUAUUAAAUUAUUUAUCAAGAAAAGACAGAGAAAACAAAAUUGCUGUAAACACAUAAAACACUCUAUAAAACCAGUCUAUUGCAAUAAGAAUCCAACUACUUGAUCGAUAUUGAUCACACUGUUUAAAAGCUUGAAAAGACACACACACAUACCAUUUUUUCCACACUAACAGACAUUUUUUUGGCAAACCAAUUGGAAAUGAUUUCAAGUAGAAAGGGACAGAAAGACGCAAACUUAAAAAAGUGAAGAAAAGACAAACAGAAUGAGUUUAUUAAAUAAAAUGUAUUUCAAUAAAAAAGAAAGAAAAAUCCACAAUGUUGCCAGCGUCAAUUUAAGAUUAUAUUUAGUAAAAACGAAUCAGUAGUUAGAUUUGUUUGUUAUAUGAUGCGUGUGUGUUACAUAAGCUUUUUAGUUUGGCAAAAGAUAACUAGUAAUGUGGCUAAUUUUAAUGGAAAUUUUUUUGAUUGUAUUGAACAAGAUUAUAUUAUUAUAUUGAAACAAAACAAAAACACAUUUGCAAUUUAUACUUAUUUAGAAACAAAAACAAGUUAAGGUGAAGAUGACAAAAACAUUUUUUUUUCAUUGUUUUAAAAAAGUGCAUUGGUUUUUCGAUGUUUUGGACGUUUCAUUCCGAAGAGAUUUGAUUUGAUUUAACUAGUCUUUACUAAACAUUUUUUUUUCUAUCAAUUUACACAACGCCCUUCUGGUCUAUACAAUUUCCUUAUUUUUUCUACGUUUGUUUUGGUUUCGAAUUAAAUAUCAUUGUUAUUUAGUUUUCUAGCUGAUCAUAUUUUAUGAAUUUAACAUUAUUAAUCCUAAUUAUUUUAAUUUAAUUACAUUUAAUGUAUGUCGUUUCAACCAGUGCAAAAAUGAAACACAAUUUAUUUAUUCAUUCUUUUCUUAUCAUCUUUUUUUCCUAUUUAAGAGAUUCGAAGUCUAUUCGUCCUUUAUCUUGUGUUGUAUCUUAAGUUCUAAUCCAAUUCAAUUUUAUUGUACAAAUUUAAAACAAACGAAGCAUCGAUGAAACAGAUUAUGAUGAUUAAAUUAUUAUGAAACAACCAAA